GGUUCAUAGACGGCUUGGAUUUUCUCUCUCUUUCUCUCUCUUUCUCUCUCCUCCCUUACAGCCACCGUCCACGCGGUCAACACUCACGGACGGCGACGACCAGUUUCCUCCCCUAUGGCAUUCCCGGAAAAACCCUAAAUCCCCAAUCUCUUCAAUUUCCAUUCUUCUAUCUUCAAUUCGUUCGAAUCCCUCCGAUCUUGCAAACCCUAGACCCACCGGAUUCAUUAUUAACACGCAGUUCCUAAUUUUAAAAUCAUGUCUUCGGAAAUUGAGGUCGUCGACGAGGUUCAAUCGCGGGAUCACGAGCCCUCGCAACCUGCUUCUGCUUCUGCUUCCACUGCCAAUGGAGAAGGUGAAGAGAGCCUGAGGAAUGACGUUUACACGGCUGCAGCUUAUGGCGAUAUGGAGAAGCUUCAGAGAUUGGUCGAGCGCGAGGGUUGCUCCGUUUCUGAGCCCGAUGGCCUUGGCUACUAUGCUCUUCAGUGGGCUGCUCUUAAUAAUCGCACUGCUGCUGCUCGUUAUAUCAUUGAGCAUGGAGGCGAUGUAAAUGCAGCAGAUCAUACUGGGCAAACAGCCUUACAUUGGACUGCUGUUCGUGGAGCCAUCCAGGUUGCUGAGGUUUUACUCCAAGAGGGGGCUAUAGUCAAUGCUGCUGAUAUGUAUGGUUAUCAGACAACCCAUGUUGCAGCUCAAUAUGGUCAGACGGCUUUUCUCUAUCAUGUUGUUUCAAAAUGGAAUGCGGACCCUGAUAUUCCUGACAAUGAUGGGAGGAGCCCGUUACAUUGGGCUGCGUACAAAGGUUUUGCUGAUUGCAUACGACUUCUCUUGUUUUUGGAUGCAUAUCGGGGACGCCAAGAUAAGGAAGGUUGCACUCCUCUCCAUUGGGCAGCUAUUAGGGGCAAUUUGGAGGCAUGUACAGUUUUAGUGCAAGCUGGGAAGAAGGAGGAUUUGGUGGUGACCGAUAAUACUGGCCUUACGCCAGCACAACUCGCUUCCGACAAGAAUCACAGACAAGUUGCAUUUUUUCUUGGAAAUGCUAGAAAGCUGCUUGACAAACGUUGUGAUGGAAAUACCCGCCUUGGAAAAUUUUCAAAACUCGGACUUGCUCCUGUACUUUGGUGUUUGAUCUUUCUGUUGCUGGUGACAUAUAUUCAUUCCGUCGUUUUGGCAUCAAAUCUCCCAAAGUUAACGGCUGGCUUAGGUCUUCUUGCAUGGAUGGGUGUUCUUCUAGCAACUACUGGUCUGCUCAUGUUUUAUAGAUGUAGCAGCAAAGAUCCAGGUUUCAUUAGAUUGAACAUGCAUGACUCUCAGAGUAUGAAAGAUGAUGAACCUUUGUUGAAGAUCGAGGUCAACAACCCCGCUUUGCUGGCUGGGAAUUGGUCUCAGCUCUGUGCUACUUGCAAGAUUGUCAGGCCUCUUCGUGCUAAGCACUGUGCAACUUGUAAUCGAUGCGUUGAACAAUUUGAUCACCACUGCCCUUGGGUAUCCAAUUGUAUCGGCAAGAAAAACAAAUGGGAUUUCUUUAUAUUUCUCGUUCUGGAGGUUUCAGCAAUGUUGAUCACUGGAGCAGUUACUAUUACAAGAGUUGUGACCGAUCCGUCCUCUCCAUCGUCUUUUGGAGCAUGGAUUAACCAUGCUGUCAAUCAUCAUGUUGGUGCUAUAUCAUUUCUCAUGGUUGAUUUCUUCCUCUUCUUUGGUGUGGUAGUCUUAACAAUCGUUCAAGCAUCUCAGAUAUCUCGCAAUAUUACUACAAACGAAAUGGCAAAUGCUAUGCGGUAUAGUUAUCUUCGUGGCCCCGGAGGUCGGUUUAGGAACCCUUAUGAUCAUGGAACCAAGAAGAACUGUACAGAUUUUCUGAUUAAUGGAUACAAUGAAGACGUGGAGUAUAGUGAAGUACCGUCACAUUCAGAAGAGAUGGAAGCAAUGUCUGUACCGAUGACUUCAACCUUGCAAAAUGGGGAUGCUUGUUCUCACCACACCAAUGGAAGCAACCACGUAGCAAUAAAUGUGAAUUCUAAGAAUACAACUAGCCAUCACGGCCAUUCUCAUUCUUCAAAUUGUAAUCACACUAACCAUGGAAAAGCUAAAAACAACAGUGUCCCAUUGGGCUUAGGUCUUGGCCUCGGGCGUUUAUCGACUCGCUCAGUAGCAGCAUCAUGAUGGUUAUUAUUGUUUAAGCGAUUCCGGAGUUAGUGCUUUGUAUCAUGUUAAUAUAUUAAACAUUAGAUUCAAAUGUCCAAUUAUGGUUCGCACACUCCUUCACGAGAUCACCUAAAACUUUAUGUCGAGUACUUGAUUUCGGAUAUGCUGUUCUUUAUACAGGUUCUGGCACACAUGGUGUGUAGAAAAUGGAAGGUAUCGCAUCUGGAACUUCAUCUGCAUGGAACUAGCUGCUUGUAUAUGAAGUGAACAUAAUCUUGGUGAGGCUUCUAUUCUGGUUCCAAGCUAUAUUGUAGAUGCUCUUCCGUAGGCAUGAACUUAUUAUUUUGUUUGAUAGAGCUUUCACUGCCGUUCGAGAAUAUCUUGGUCUAUUGUUUUCUUGUUUA